ACAGCUUUUGAAAUGCAAAAGUUAACAAAUCAUAUUAAUAAUAUUUUAAAACUUACUGAUAAAGGUCAAGAAUAUGUCAACCAAAUUCAAGUCAGCUUUAAAAAGAAUAAGCUAUAUCAUCAACUUCAUAUUAAAAUUGAAGGAACAUAUUAUCCUCCUAAUAUGGUAAAUGUUAGUAUUUUACAAAUUACAAAAAUUAAUUUGAUAUAUCAAGUUCAAGACCAAAUCAUUAUUAACCAAUGUGCUGAUCAUCAAACAACAAAAACCAUAAAAGGAAAAUUAUUAUAUUUAUUAAAUGGUGCAGAUAAGAAAGAUUUAUAUAAAGCAUUAUUAAAUAGUAGAGAAAUUUGCAACAAUAAGAAAUUAGAGAGAUUUAUUAUUCAUGAAGAUAGGAGGUUAAAAGAUUAUACAGUUUCAUAG